UUUCAAAUUCUAAUAAAUGGAAAUGUCCCCUCAGUAACCUAAAUUAUUUAUCACUAAUAUUUAUCAUACAUUUUCUACUAAAAAAAUACAAUACAAAUUUUUUUUCUAAAUAAAAAAACACUUGAUUUCUAAACGUGAGUAUAAUAAAGAUAAAACAUGAGAGGCCAGGAGUGGCUCACGGCGUCGUGCAGCAGCUUUCAAGCCCAAAAUAUCUUAACUACACAAAUAUUAAAAUAGAAAAUGAAGGUAUAAUUCAUAGAGAUGAGUUGAGAAAUUUCCAAGAAGGAAGAAAGGCGUCUAUGUACUGUGCAUUUUAAAUAUUGGAGUUUUUUCCAUGACUGCGACGGCAGGGAUACAGUUGGUGGAGACUAGAGAAUAGUGUAUUGGAUCGAUGCUCUUUUGUUUUCUUUCUCUCUUUCCUCGAAAGAAAAGCUUGUUUCAAGGCUCAAAGCUCAAAAGAGCGUCGACAGAGACUCCACCGCUCCUUCGUUUGGCCCAUUUGCUGCAGUGGACAACACAUCUCCUUCUCAAAAGUAAACCCAAAUCUAUAAAUAGUAUAUUACUAAAAAAUGAUACAUUUAUGCUGCAACUGGGAUUAGUAAAAGUGAGAGAGAAGAUCUUUCUUUUGAGUGAUAAAGAAUCUAUGCUCACUAUCUGUUUGUUCCUUCUCCCAUUACACAACGCCACACACACGCAAACACCAACAGUCUAAUUACAAAAAAACACAAUUUUUAUUUUGUAGUAAUAGUUGUUUGUUUGUUUUUUUUUUUUUUAAUUUCGAUUUUGAGUUUUCCUCCCUUGAUUGAAAUACAUUUUUAUUAAUUAAAAAUCAAAUAUAUAUAUUUUUGGUUGUUGGCGUCGUGGGUUUUUUUUUUUAUGCUUGCCGGCGAUGCCGACUGCGGUAACCGUAGCUCGGCAAUGCUUAACGGAAGAGGCUGCGCGUGCGUUAGAUGAAGCGGUGGCCGUAGCGGGUCGAAGGAGCCAUGCACAAACGACGUCACUCCACGUGGUGUCGGCGCUGCUUUCCUUCCCGUCGUCCACUCUCCGAGACUCGUGUGCACGCGCACGAAGCAGCGCGUACCCGUCUGGGCUCCAAUUCCGCGCGUUGGAGCUUUGCGUCGGUGUUUCACUCGACCGUUUAUCUUCAUUGAAGACCGUCGAGGACCCUCCGAUAUCCAACUCCUUGAUGGCCGCAAUCAAACGGUCACAAGCCAAUCAACGGCGCCGUCCAGAAAGCUGCUAUUUACAGCAGUUACACAGUAACAAUAAUAAUAACAAUAACGCCAGCGGUUGUUCUCAAACGACGUCUCUGUUGAAGGUCGAGCUUAAAUACUUCGUUUUAUCGAUUCUCGAUGACCCGAUUGUUAGUCGGGUUUUUGGAGAAGCUGGGUUCCGGAGCUGUGACAUAAAGUUAGCUUUAGUUCACCCGCCGGUAACUCAAGUUUCCUCUCGGUUUUCACGUACCCGUUGCCCACCUAUUUUUCUGUCUAACUUGACGGAUACGGUUUCGGGUCGAGUCGGGUUCAAUUUCCCGUUUGCGGGUUAUGAAGAUGGGUUUGAUGAGAAUUGUAGAAGGAUAGGCAAAGUUAUGGUUAAAAAGAGCGGGAAAUGCCCGUUGCUUGUUGGGGUUUGUGCUAUGGAAGCUUUGAGGGGUUUUACAGAGAGUUUUACAAAAGAAAAUUCACCUUUCUUUGACGGUGAUUUGGCUGGGUUGAUUAUGAUUUCGAUUGAAAAGGAGGUUAAUGAGUUUGUUAUUGAAGGAAAUGAGGAAAAUUUUGGGUUUAAGUUGAAGCAAAUGGAAGGCAUUUUGCAGAAAUGUAAUGGGUCUGAAGGAGGAGUGGUUAUAAAUUUUGGGGAUUUAAAUGGGUUGAUUUUGGAUGGGGUUUUAAGCGAUUCUGUUAGCUCUUUGGUUUUGAAAUUAACGGGUUUAAUGGAAGUUUACAGAAGGAAAUUAUGGUUGAUUGGAGCUGUGGCUAGUGUUGAAAUGUAUAGGAAGUUUUCCGAUAAGUUUCCCAAUAUAGAAAAAGAUUGGGAUUUGCAUAUGUUGCCUAUUACUUCUUCCAAGAUUUUUUUUGAUGGGGUUCACUCCAAAUCCAGCUUGAUGGGGUCCUUUGUUCCAUUUGGUGGCUUCUUUCCCACGCCAUCAGAUUUGAGAAGUCCAUUAAAUGGCAGAAACCAAUCUAUCCCUCGAUGUAACCUUUGCAGUGAGAAGUAUGAACAAGAAGUUGCUGCUAUUCUGAAGGUAGGGUCAACAGUUUCAGUUGUUGAUCAGUAUUCAGAAAACUUGCCUUCUUGGUUAUGGAUGGCUGCAGUUAACACAAGCAAGGGAGAGGAUGUGUUAAAGACUGAAGAUGGCGAAACCAUGUUAAAUGCUAAAGUUUUGGCGUUGCAGAAAAAAUGGAAUGAUAUUUGCCAACGUCUCCAUCACACUCCGCCGUUCCCCAACUUAGAUUUUAUCCCGUCCAUGUCCCAAGUCCCACUAGUUGAGGGCCCUCAGUUUGCAACUGAAAAGAAGCAAAGAAGUGCUGAAGAUCCAUCUAUCAAUGAAAAUCGAUUUCCCAAUCAAUGUUCCAGCAGACAAAUGCACAUGCAAAAGAUUUUUCUACCAAGACAUAACCUACCGAUAGAACGAACUUCUGAAGCUCAGAAUAUGAAUUUCCAGUCCAGGUUACUUGAUGAUUCAAGCGUAGCUCAGCAGACAGGUAAGGAUGUGCCCUGGUUUACCUAUCACCCUCAGCAAAAUCUGAGUUCAUGUCAUGGAUGCGCACCAUCCUUUUUUGUUUCUCCCGUUACCACAGAUUUGAAGUUAGGAACAAUAUAUGCAUCAACCAGUCUGGAAUCAAACACUACAAAAUCUCUAGAUUGUAAAGGACAUUUUCAGCGCUUCUCAGGUUCUAUAUCUGCUGAAUUUGAUGCAAAUAGUGAGAAUAGUUCAUAUCAAUUUACUCAAUCUUCGGCAUGCUCUGGUCUUACAUCAGGAGAGCAGUUUGAUCAAGGAGAUUACAAGUCCAUUAGAAAAGUUCUUGCUGAAAGAGUUGGCUGGCAAGAUAAAGCUGUAAAUUCUGUUAGCCAAGCUAUAUCCCAAUUAAGGAGCAGGUAUGGAAGCCGUCAUGGCAUAAAUCAUAAAGGGGAUAUUUGGCUUACUUUCCUUGGUCCUGACAGAGUCGGAAAAAAGAGAAUUGCUUUAGCACUUGCUGAGGUACUAUUUGGCAGCCAGGAAUACUUAAUAUCUGUGGAUUUGAGUUCCCAAGACAAAGCUAACCAGUCAAACUCUAUUUUUGAAUGCCAAGAGUUAAAUGGUUAUGAUUUGAAGUUUAGAGGGAAAACAGUUUCCGACUUUAUUGCUGAGGAGUUGAGAAAGAAACCCCAUUCUGUUGUCUUCCUUGACAAUGUAGAUAAGGCUGAUUAUUUUGUCCGACAUAGUUUGAACCAGGCUAUUAGAACAGGUAAAUUUCCCGAUUCACAUGGGAGAGAAAUCGGCAUCAACAAUAUGGUUCUGAUAACGUCAUCAUCCAUCACAAAAAGUAAUAUAAAUGUUCUCUGUGAGACAAAACUCAUGAAAUUCACUGAGGAAAGAAUACUUGGAGCCAAAAGUUGGCAAAUGCAAAUCAUAGUUGGUUCUAAUUUUGAUGACGUCAGCAGAAGCAACGACACAGGCAUAAGAGUUACCGCAAUAAAAGAAGCUUCCGCUUCUGCGUCUGUCAAUAAAAGAAAGCUGAUAGACACCGUUGAAUCUUACGAGAUGGAAAAAACAGACACACAAGAACGAGUACACAAGGCGUCCAGAUCCUGUCUGGAUUUGAAUCUUCCUGUGGAGGAGACAGAUGAGGGCAUGGGUUUGGGGGACUCUGAAAGUGAGUCUCUCUCUGAGAACUCAGAAGGUUGGAUGGAAGAAAUCUUUAGCCAAGUAUAUAAAAAGAUACUUUUCAGGCCAUUUGAUUUUGAUGGACUUGCCAAUAAAAUUGUAAACGAAGUCAAAUCACAAUUUCACUCGACUGUUGGAUCUGAGGUUCCAUUAGAGAUAGAUCAAGAAGUCAUGGAACAAAUACUCGCGGCUGCCUGGUUAGCAGACAAAAAGGGAGCGGUAGAAGAUUGGCUUGAAGGAGUGCUUGGGAGGAGCUUUACUGAGGCUCGAAAGAAGUACAAUCUCACUCCUCAGUCUGUUGUGAAACUAGUUGCAUGUGAAGGUGUUGCUGUGAACGAACAAGCUCCUGGAAUAUGUCUUCCUGCAAAAAUUAAUCUGAACUGAUUUUUUGAUGCUGUAAUUAAAUAUAUAAUGUAGCUUUUUGUAUCUAAAACCCUUGUAUGCCAAGCAUUCCCGUAAUUCUUUUCGGGUAUUUAUUUUUGUGUUGUAUCAGUAGCAAACAAAGAAUGUAAAGAAGUUCUUCUCCUAAGGGUAACGUGUUACCAUAAUUCAGCUUGCCUGCAUUACUUAGAUUAAUCUGUAAUCUUGCCUGUAUGACUGAGCCCACUAUAAAGUAUAAUCACCUGCCCAUCUGUUUCCCGUUUCAGGCUUCUGAUUCCAGGUGAAUGGGCUUGUCAUAAACCUACAAUAUCACUUCA